AUGACCAAUCGGCGCAAAUACCGCCGCUUAAAACUCCGAGAGCCCUUGGACUUGGCAGUAGCUUUCAAAAUACUUCGAUCGAUCCUUAAAACCCCUCGCUAUGGGGGUUACGUUCGCUAUAUAGAGCUGAACCGAUCCCCAUCACUAGAUUAUGGGUCUGUGCAGUCAUAUACAGUCAAACCGCCGCAACGGUCCCUCCGACCAAAGGACCAGGUUCGCCUGGCUGCGGCGAUCAAGCGGGCUGGAUUUUGUUCCCCGGAAGAACAAGAGAAGAUGCUCAAUAUCUUACUACAGAAUCCGGCUAGUAUGGACCAUAAUGACCCACGAGCUCCGUUCCUCGCCCAGGCGUUGGCAGCAUUACUGGUCAGCGUUUCGCCACUAUUGGAAUCGUUGAGUUUCUGCCCUCUCGGCCAGGAACCCUCGCAAAUCCCAAAAAAAACCGCCCAAGCCAAUGGAGCUCCACUUCGAAAAAGUGAUUAUUUCUUUAAGCAUUUCUUAGACCGGGCGAAUAGUAUCCCGUUGGAGACCCUGCCGUUCCUGCAUCAUAUUCGCCGGGUUCGAUUUCUUGUCGAUUCCGACACAAAAGUCCAUCGCUGGUACUAUUACCAGCCCUAUGAUCUAUACGGCAGUCUCAGCCUAGUACGCCGACUUCCAGCAGUAGAAUCCAUCCGAGUCGACGCGGUUACGAGCACGGAGAGGCCCAGUAUUGAGCCCCCGCCCCGAUCCGCCAAUUAUACCAGCAUUACCAUUCGGAACUCCAAUGUAGAUUACCACUAUCUAGUGCGGAUAAUUGAGUCAGCCAGACGACUGGAAGAGUUUACGUAUGCGGUCGGUGGCCGAGGCUCGAUGGAUGGCAUGCUAAGCAUGUUCAGUCCAGAUCACGUCUUCCGGGCGCUCCUCUUGCACGCCGAUUCUUUGAUCACUCUGGAUUUGGAUGUCGAGGCUGAAACCCCACUGGAGGUGACAUUCGACCCCAGUCUCGGUUCUCUGCAUCAACCCGCCUAUCAGCAGGAAGUCGGAACGGUCCAGCGGGAGCAGGGCUCGCCUUGCUCUCUUCGUGGGCUUACGAAUUUGAGGGAACUGAGUAUCGGAAUUCAUACCCUCUACUACCUGUCACGAGGAGUCGGUGCCGACCAGGUCGAUGAUGCAGCAUUUUCUCUCGUUGAUUAUCUCCCGGUUAAUUUGGAAACGCUUUGCAUCUAUGGGUACGAAAAGGGGAUGAAAUCACAGGUUAGGGAUCUUCCGGACUGCGUGUUUGAUAGGCAAUUGGAGAAUCUACUCGCUGAGAAGCGUGAGAAACUGCCCCGAUUGUCAUAUAUCGAGGGCAUUGAUGAAUUGAUCGAAAACGCGACCACCGUCAAACAGCCAACGAUCAACGAUGAGGAUCUGUGGGAGAGAGAGACGGAUGAUGAAUGGACUGAUCAUGAAUAUGAUUAG